GUCUCAUGAUAUAUUUAUGGCGGGCGAUCAAUUGGAGUUUACUCGCAUCUUGAAAAACUAAUCACCAGCCGCUGAUAAUAAUUAAUUAUCUACGAAUCCGGACUUUAGCCCUGGCACGUCUUAACAACACAUAAUCAUUUACGAAACCAUUUAGAUCAUUUAGACUUUAGAUACAGACUGAAAUAGGGAGAUUGUGUAAGACUUAAGCAGGUAGGUAACACAAGGUUCCUGGAUCGACAUAGUCUAUAUACUCUUAAGAUUCGAUAAGAUGGACUUGAUAGCAGAAAUGUCAUUCCAAUAUAUGCUCCAGGAGGUGUUUCGCUUUAGACAGUUUCCUUUUAAUAACUUGUAACCACAAAAUAUCAGAUCGGGACAAAUACAUCAUAUUAAUUGGAGAUUACUCAGACGACAAGGAAGAUUGAAAGGAUUUUAAAAAUAAAGUUGGAUAUAUAUUCAGAAGAGGAACUUCGAGCUAAGGUAACAUUAUUUGAAUAUCCGGUAACCUUGGAUGUGUUUCUGAGGGAGGAGAGAAUAAAAUGGCGCGCCCCAAUAACCUACAAAUCCACUGUUCAACGUUGGUCUUUCUUCUGGCUACUUCUCUCGUCUUUAUAAAAGCGAAUGCUACUGUACGCCUGGUGAAUAAUUUCGAUACAGAAACCAACAAAGGCAGAGUAGAGAUCUUCUACGGCGACGCUUGGGGUACAAUCUGUGAUGAUAAUUGGGAUAUACUCGACGCCGACGUGGUGUGCCGACAACUCGGGUACACCGGGGCGAUCCGGGCCCUUAAGAGAGCCUACUUUGGUCCGGGGGAAAACUUGAUAUGGAUUGAUGACGUAGCGUGCACAGGGAAUGAAAAGAGAAUCCAGGACUGCCCCAAUUUGGGAUGGGGCACUCAUGACUGCUUACAUCUGGAGGAUGCGUCUGUGGAAUGCUCAACGGCCACCGUUCGCUUAGUCGGCGGUCCCGAUCGUUACGAAGGCAACGUCCAAGUCCUGGACGACGAGGGCAACGAUUGGGGCUACGUUUGCGACGACCGCUGGGACGAUUUCGACGCUCAAGUUGCCUGCUAUCAGCUGGACCAACGUGGACACGAGCAUACCAAAAACAAGUCUGCGUACGGAACGAAGAAUGAUGGGCCUUUAGUCCUCAACAAUCUCGACUGCGCGGGAAAUGAAGACGCUUUGCAGCGGUGUCCUAACAGAGGCAUUAAGAAUUGUAUGCACUCUGACAAGGCUGGGGUCGGCUGCUUUAGAGAUGCAAUUGAAGAGGGAUCUGUACGAUUGGCUGGUACAGGGUAUCCCAACAGAGGGCGAGUAGAGGUCUAUCACAAUGAAGAAUGGGGUACCGUUUGUGAUGAUUACUGGGACUACUAUGAUGCUAAGGUUGUUUGUCGGCAGCUAGGCUUCAUCGACAGUCAGCCCAAAGCCUACUAUAAGAGUUACUUUGGUGCAGGCGAUGGUAGGAUAUGGCUGGACAACAUGGCGUGUGGAGGCGGUGAGGAUCGGCUGGAGUACUGCAUCUCCAGUAAUGGCUGGGGAACACAUGAUUGCAGCCACGGUGAAGAUGCAGGGGUUUAUUGCGACGAAAGAGGUGAUUUCGAUGCAGCAGAAAUAACGGGGAUUAUACUCGCAUCUCUCUUUGGAGCGUCCAUUCUGUUCUGCUGUGUCAAAUACAUUUGCUGCGAGGCCGCUUCUAACAAGAGACAGCAACGGCGACGACGGUCGCGUGGUCGACGCCAGAGUAGAAGAUCGCCGACGGCAGCGACGAGACCUACCGACCCUGAAGACCAUUUCAACGCACACUUUAACAGCGCGUAUACGAUCAGUGAUAAUUAUGAUGAAAUCUUCACCCCUCCAGGAUUCCCUUUCGCGUACCCAAGUUCUGCACCGCCACCGUUCUCCCCUACUGAUCUGCCUCCCGCAUAUGACACCAUUAUUUCCACUUCAGGACCAGCCGAUAGUGGAACACCAGUUACCAGUGGCGACACCGCUAUGGGUAAUUCUGUGGGCGCGAGCGAUGUUGUAACGAAUCCAAUAGCUAUGGCUCCAGCACCUCCACGAAGUACAACUUCGGUUAAUGCAGGACCAGUUCCGAUGCCAGAAAGUAACUUCGCUUAUCCUCUAGCUCAGCCAGCUAGUAAUCUUCCUUAUCCUCCCGAGCCAGUGAUGUCCCAACAACAGGCCCCAAUACCAGCGAACCCACCGGCAGCCAUGCCAUCGAUAGAGGCCGUGGCGCCACCGCCAUAUGCCAUGGCAGCUUCACACCAGUUAGAGCAAAAUAAUGAACCUCUCUCACCAUCAUCGUCAUGUCAACCUACCUACCAAGUGCCUAUUGAAGGUCAGGUUCAACAGUCUCCUGCAGCCCCCUCACCGGUCAAGUCUGUCACGGUAGCAGAGACUUCUGCUACUAAUGAUCAGGCUCAUGCGCAUCUGAACACUUUCGAAGAAACAAGCAUCACCUAUAUUGCCAAUGCCGAAGAGUCAAUUGAUCUAGGAUUGCCAAAAUGAUAACGAUAAGUUAUCAGACGCGUGAAUUGCGGAUACUUAACAAAAAUGAAUGGCUCCUAGCUUUUCUAAUGAGCGUUACCAAAUAUAAUUUUCUUCCUCCUUUUGUCUUCAAAAUAAAGUGACUGGACGCUUUUAAAAAGCAUAUUGAUCAGGUCAAUGUGUAGAAGUCGGGAUCCAGGAGGGUUAUGAUCAAAUACGCAAAAUCAGCAUAUUAGUACAGCAGUUGCAGGAUGUCAUAGGGCUAAUUUGUAUAGUCAAGAACUGUUUUAAGUAAUGGAAAUAGAAGUUUAUGUACUAAUUAUCUGAUCACUAAGCGUUAUUUUGUAGACGCUAAGAGCAGGCAUCUGUAUGAAACCUUAUAUAGAAACAUGAGGGCACUGGGGCUGUGGGGGCAUAUGCCCCUCAAUUUAACAGAGGAAAGGGUAGCAAAAUGAAAAGUUGGAGAGAGGAAGAGAGAGAGAGAGAGAGGGGGGGGGGGGGAGAGAGAAGGGGAAGAGGGAGGAACGUGAAAGGUGGUGUAUAGGAGAUCCCAACUCGAUCCUAUAUGAAAAGCCUUGUUAAUUAACAGUCCAUCCUCUAUUGCAUGGUAAUGGCCAAUGACCCCCUAAAUGUCUUGGUCCACUUAACGUCAUUGGUAGGGAUACAGCGAUAUUAAAUAUUGAAGCUUUUAUUGCAUUUUAUUACGGUUAUGUAUGAAUAUUUUAAGUGAAAUUUUCCUGAACAUAAUAAUAAUAAUAAUCAUAGUCAAAUCGAAAUCGCGGACUAUUGUGAGCGUCGUCAAAGGUAUCAGCUAAUCAUUACAGAAACAACCCAAUUAACAUUUACCAAAUUUGUAUCAGACUGCAGUCACUGCUCAGUUUUAAAUCACAAUUAACAGCAUCGUAACCUCCCUGCGGCAAUCACCGAUAGCCACAUGUAAUAAUCAGAACCAUCUAACAAUAUGAUGUAGUCGCGUACGUUUCGGGGGCAAGAACACAAUAUUAUCAUGUGCCAUUAUUGACGCAAACUGGAACCAAGUUAGCCAAAUGUACUUUUGGGAGAAAUUAUAGCUACUAUAAUCUAAGUGAAAUAUUGUCUCAUAAGAUAUAACAUGACAUAUAUUUUUGAAAAUGUUUUUAACUACAUUAUCGCUUGUCAUCUGAAACUUCUAUCUGAAUUUAAUAUUUGAAGAAAAAAAAAUCUUUUCUUUCUUGAACAGCGGAAAUGUUACGAACAAAGCUUCGAAUUUUCAUAAUGUUAUUCUGUAACAGGACUUGCACAUGAUGACAUUUAGAAGUAAUACAAUGAAAUAUUAUAUCUGACAUUGUGCAUAUCCAAUGUCAUUUUGUUACAGGCCUUGUAGAUAUAUGUCAUUUAGGAAUAAAAACUUCAAUGAAAUAUAUUAUUUGACAUUGUGCGUAUCCAUUUGUAUUCAAUUGAUAAAGUAUAAAAGUGUUACCAUUUUCCCCAUGAAUUAAUUAUGCAUACCCGGUAUCAUAGUUAUAAUUAUGUCAUUUCAUUCCAAUAAUUUGUCAUGAGAAUGUAUUUGUUUUGUUUGUAUAUCGUACCCAUUUUUGUUGAAUGGACAUAAAAGCAGUAAAUGGAUGAAUAACAAUAAA